GCAAUUUCAGGUCGUUGACUGAGCUCAAUUGUGUUAUUUUGAAGAGGAAGACUGUACAAAAAGAUGUAGUACCUUUUGAGAUAAUUGUUGAACAUGAAGUAUUUGCUACAAUCCCUGAUUGUGAUCAGCAGUCAUAUAAUUCAAGAUAUAAGUGCUACACAAACCAAUGCUCCCGCCAGUAACAGAAGUUUGGCUGAACGUGAAGUAGCUGCUUUAAUAACUGGAGUUUUGGUAUUAGUUUCAUUGGUGAUAACCCUUUACUUUUGGCAAAGACACACAAGAAACAGAAAUGACAGCAAAAAAAAUAAAGUACUAAUGACAUUCAUAUACGUAUGGGAAGCAUUCGAAGGUAGUGUUGGACAUUGUUCACUGCUUCUUGACAAUGGAACAUACGUCAGCUGGUGGCCAAAAGGAAAUGCAAGCGGAUUUAAAAAGAAGAAAAAGGUAAAUGCUCAAGGACAUCUUCCUGAUAAUUACGAAGAAGAUGUAGAAGAAAUGGGUCGUUAUGCUACCCACAGGUUUCAUAUUUCAAGUGAAAAAGUCAAUACUUUAGCUAUAAGUAAGUGGUGGAGUAAUUACAAAAUAGAGGGCUACGGUUACAACUUGAUAUCCCACAACUGUUGUGAUGUUGUGUUAAAGGCUCUAAAAAAAGGAGGUGCCUGGGACUGGAGACAUCCUGGAAUGAAGAUUAUGUCAACACCAGAAUACAUGGUUAGAUACGGAAGAUCUUUGAGUGAUGCUAAAAGAAAAGAUAGCAGUUGGUUCUAUAUUCUCUGAAAUACAAUUGACGUAUGAUGAUUUGCUUUAAGUCAAAAACGCCUUUUUUUCUCACAAGAAAAGUUCUGUAACGGGAAAUCAUUUCUAAAUGUAGCAAUUUAUAAGUUUAUGAAAAGAGACAGAAGAUACUUAAGAUAUAGUCAAACCCUUUAAUCGGAAACAAACUGCAAAAAAAAAAACCAAACGAGAAAACGACCUAAUGACAAACAGCGGUCUACAAAAAAACUUAAAUUAAAUACUAAAUACUAAACACAAACCCCAUCAAAAACCAAGGAUGAUCACAUGUGCUCCGUGAGCAUGUAAGGGUAUUACUGGUUGAUUAUCUUUAAAUAGUUUCUUAAUUAGAUUGUUUUAAAUCCUUCCCACUUCAAAACGUUUUUUAUUAAGUAAUUUACCUUAGAUUGACACACGUCAAAAAAAGCAUUAUUGACAGCAAUUUAUUUUGUCAUUUGGAUCUUAUUCGAAUUAGUUUCUACAUAAAAAGUAUAAACAAUGACGUAUAUCCAAAGCCAUUUAGAAUAACUGAUUGCAAACAACAGUGCACUAUUUUUAAGUAAAAUAAAAUAUGGGCAUUAUCAAACAAGGCAAGCACAAUGUUGGUAUCUUUUCUCUUAUAUGCUUCCCUAUUAUGCAAACAACCCAUCCUGAUGUAUAAAAAGUACAAAAAUGCAAUGGUGGUCAAUAAUUCCCAUUAAGAUAAAAACAAAAUAUUGCAUUCUUAUUCAACAAAAACAAAAGUUAAUGCAUUUUUAUCCUUAUAUUAUUCACAUUCUAUAAAACAAAUUUAUUUAGAGGCAUUUAUAAUGAUUGAUUGCAAAUAGCAUUGCAUUAUUUUGGAUAAAAAGAAGAAAUAUUGGCAUAUUAAAACAAUGCGAACACAAUUUUAGGUUGCAAUUCUGUAAAUAUAGACAAUGCAAUUUUCCAUAGGAACUCCCUUUGCGGCUAAAACAGCCACUUUUACUAUGAAGUUUCGUGAAAAAUCAUAUCCCAGAAUGGAAAGUUGAUAUGCACUACUAUUUUAUUCAAAGGUCAAAAUAUAGGGCUGUGCGGCAUAUUGUCAACAUCAUGCCCUGAACUUUAAACUUAUACUAAAAUUCUAUACUACCCCUACCUCCACUUUUGGACCUCCUAAGAAUUAAAUUUUAGGAGCUACCAUGUUUUUCUAUACUGGUAACAUUUACAAGUGAUGCCUCUUUGAGAUGAAACACAGAGAUCAUAUUUGGGAAGCAGUACGUUAACAAAUUAACAUAUAAUUAUAUGAAUAUUAGAUAUCUCCCCAAAAGAGGCGUGGCUCGUGAAACAGCUGUAAACAAAGAAACAAAGUGCAACCUAUAUCAUCUUUUCUCUAAUAUUGGUCAUUAUCUGUAAAUAACAACCAAUCCUGAUGUUAAAAAGUACUAGAUUCCAAUAGCGGUUCAUGAUUUCAAUUAAAAUGAAGAAACAAUUCCCUUCUUAUCCAACAAAAACAAUUAGCGGUUCAUGAUUUCCUUUUAAAUAAAGAAAUAAUUGCAUUGCUUAUUCAACAUAAACAAAAGUUUAAGUUUCUUUGUCCUUGUAUUAUUCACAUCUUAUACAAAAUUACUUAUCUAAAAGCAUUUAUAAUGACUGAUCGCAAAUGACAUUGCAUUUGUUCUGAUAUUAAAGAAGAAAUAUUUGAAAUUUUAGGCAAUGCGAACAAAAUUUCAGUAUCUUUUCCCUGAAAUUCAGCAUAUUUUAUGAAAAAACAACCAAUACUGAUAUACAAAAAGUACCAAAAUCAAAUUUUGUUCAUAAAAAUAACAUUCGUGUUUAUCGAAUGUAAAUACUGUGGAGUUCGUUUUACAUAAGAAGUUUAAUUAUGUAUGUAUACGUCCGAUUCGUGCAUAUAAAUAAUUUACUGAUCGAUCGUUGACCGUUCUCACGGUUACUCUCAUAUAGCUUAUUUUACGUAUCUGGCGGAUUCUAUGUGUCAUCGAUCACCAAUCAUUCAUCGAUCAGUCAAACAUCCGUCACCGAUCAUUCACCGAUCAGUCAAAUUCUCGUCAAACAGUAACGCCUAAGGUUGCAAGUACUAUAUGUAUACGUAGACGUCACAUACAUUUCUUCUUUUAAAUGAGAAUUGCUCGUUAUUCACUAAAAACUGCCAUUUAUGCAAUGAUAUAAUAGAACAAUGACCAAAAAAAAGAAAAAGAAAAUAUCAGCUGUUUUAACAAAUUAUGUUAACAUCAGAUUUCAGAAAGAUUAAUUUAUAGUUGAUAUUUUCUUUGUAUGUUUAUAUACUUGUAAGAAUAAUGUUAGUGUUUCUUAUGCCUCUUAAAGCUUGCUUAUAUAAUAUACUAUUGCUGAUGUAUUGAAUUGUAAUUGUGGUGUUAUAUUAUGUAUAUUGUAUCAGGAUGCACUUUUAAUUAAAUACAUCUAAAAAGUA